UUCGCUCUCCCUCCCUUCGUCUACGACGAAGUAUCCCCCUCUCUUUUUCUCCCACCCCCACACAUGUUCACUGGUUGUAGCUGAGAGAGAGAGACAGAGCAAAUUAGGGUUGGGGAGCCAUCACGAAAGGGGCUCGUCAUGUAAAGCUGAGCCGCCAUGAACCGCUGCCAGAAUGGAGGAGGGGGACGCAGGGUAGAAGAGAGAAAGAAAUAGAAUUCUUUUAAAAUUAAAUGUCUGUUAUUGUACGUUUGCAUCAUGCUGUACUUUCAGUUGGUGAUCAUGGCUGGGACCGUUAUGCUGGCCUAUUACUUUGAGUACACUGAUACCUUCAGUGUGCAUGUGCAGGGAUUCUUUUGCUACGAUACUACUUACACCAAACCCUACCUUGGACCGGAGGACCACAGCGCCAUCCCUCCCAUCCUGCUGUAUGCCGUAGUAGCCGUGUUGCCAACACUGCUGAUCACAAUAACAGAGACGGUGCUAUUCCUGGUCCAGUAUACAUCUAAAGAGUUUGACAAUUCAGAGAAGACUGUGGCCACAGGAGACUGCUGUUAUCUCAACCCGCUAGUGCGCAGGACCUUUCGUUUCCUUGGGGUUUACACCUUUGGCCUCUUCACUGUUGACAUCUUUGUCAACGCAGGCCAGGUGGUGACGGGAAAUUUGGCGCCCUAUUUCAUGACCAUCUGUAAACCAAACUACACCGCACUGGGUUGCCAUCAGGCCCUCCGAUAUAUCAGCCAGCAGGAGGCCUGCACAGGAAACCAGAAUGACAUCCUGCACGCCCGCAAAACGUUCCCAUCCAAGGAGGCUGCCCUCAGCAUAUAUGCUGCACUCUACCUGGCUAUGUAUGUGACGUGCACAGUCCAGGUAAAAGGCACUCGCCUUGCCAAACCAGUGUUGUCCCUGGCCCUUGUGUGUCUGGCCUUCCUCACAGGACUGAAUCGCAUAGCGGAAUACCGUAACCACUGGUCGGACGUCAUUGCCGGUUUCAUGAUAGGCACUGCCAUUGCCACCUUCUUGGUGGUGUGCGUGGUCCAUUUUUUUAAAGGGAAGUUGCUUUUGAAUGAUGACACACCAAUAGAAUUGCAAGUGAACACAACAAUGCUGGGCAUGGGCCAAGUAGAAAGCACUCUGGAGAAGUACAUCGCCUCACAGAAUCACAUCACCUUUGCUGAGGUCACAUGACACGGAAGCAGCGGUGAAGCAGAUGCACAGGACAUCCCCACUUCUCACAAUCGAUUCCAAUUAGCCCAAGUGCAGCUGUAAACCUGUUUUCCUCUCUGUGUCUAUGUUUUGUAAUAUUUUUUUCGUUUUUUUAAUCAGACCAUUAUUAUGUACAGCUUUAAUCUAAUGAACAAAACUGAUAUCAAAUCUUUAUCUAUGCACUAAAUAUAUGUUGAUGUAAUGGUCUGUCCCUUACCUCCCAAGUGCAGGUGGCUGAAAAGUAUUCUUGAGAAGGUACUGAAUUGCCAGUGGGUCCUCAUGCAUCAACAAUGUAUGAGGCUGUUUACCUUCUUUUCAUGGUAACAUUACAAUCAUCAUGUGAUGAAUGGGGCAACACUGCACCCUUUAAGAUACACAAAUAGGGACUGAAAUGAAAGCAAAUUGUGUAGAGAUUGCAUGUUUCAGAGAAUCUCUCUAUCAUUUUUGUGCUCAUUUAUUCAUUCAUAUUUUUGACAAUUUUUUCAGCGAGGCGACAGAUUCAGACAAGAGGGUUUGCAAUAAGCACUGCAGUUCAUUGUGGUCCCAUAGGGACUGAGCCCUCGGGCGAGUAGUGAAGAUUUGCGACUAAUUAGCACCCUACACCCCAAAAAUUUACAAAUGCCUACAGAUAAAUACGCAAAACACUGCUUUUCUAUUAUACAGGGCAAUGGGCUGUCUCAAUGAAGCUCUUUCCCUCAGGUCAACAUAGUUCCCCAGGCAUCACGAUGGCGCCAAAGCAAUACUUUUAUUUUAGGCACAAAACAUCAAAUAGGGUAGAUUUUCAGCAAAUGAUAGAAGAUAGGUUCCUAAAAAUCUGUGAGUAGCAAAUUGCAACUAUGCAGGGGAACACUGUACAGUAUAUAUUUUUUUCCAUUCUGGUAGAAAUUUGUCUCAUCACUGCUGAAUAUUUCUGGUGUAUAAAUUACAUCCCAUAAUGAACAAAUUAACACUCGGAGCCUGCGGUCUUGCUCAAGGGCAGUUUGACAGUUCUCUAGAAACAGACAAGAUCUCUCAAACAACCAGUAACAACUUUCAUAUUGUUUCAUGAGGUUUCUCCUAAUAGUCAAUAUAUACUUGUCCGUUUCUAGAGAAACGGACAAUAUAUACUUUUUCUUUACACUCUCACUAGUGUUUGCCAACCUGUGAAAUUAACAUUAUACAGUGACUCUGGGGUGAUAUUCAAAUUAUACAUGAGAUUAGAGCAUUUUUGAAAGAGACAGUUGAGAAUAUUAUCAGAACAGAGUAAAAUAGAAUGAACAUUCUUACGUCUACUAAGCUCAACAACUUUACAACACAGCCAAGGUCAAACCUCUCUAUAUUGUCUUACGAAACCCUAAUUACUCCGCUUUCAUUGUUCAGUUGUCAUUGUAGUUAGAAGGAGAGCAUAGUCUUUUCAAACCAUUGUCAAGAAAAUGUGCAAAGGAUAAUCCAUGUCCAAAAUACUUUGCACUGAGGUGGCACUUACAAUCACAUUAGAAAAAAACUUUUUUUUUUCUAGUGUAACUCUGAGUUUAGGAUGUACUGUAUGUACAAAUAAUUGCAGUUGAUAAUGCAACACAAACAUAUUUUAUUUAUCUUUUCUCUCCAAGAAAAGAUUAAUGUUGCUGGGUGGAUAGAUGAAAUCUCAGGAAGAAAAAAAAAUCACCAAAAAUAUUGCUUGAUGAUAACCACUGAUAGUAAAACUUACAAACUAAUAAAAAGUAUUUCCAAAGACUUUUCUUAUAAGAAAAGUCUUUGGAAAUACUAAUAAAAAGUAUUUCUUUGGAAAUACUAAUAAAAGGUAUUGCCUAUAGAUAAGACUAAAACAACUGUUUUAGUCUUAUCUAGAAGCAGAACAUGCACUUAUGUCAUUUUUCGACUUGAUAAUAAUUCAAUUAUAUAUGUAUGCUAUUUAUUUGAGUAAAAUGUUUACAUACAGUGGCGGCAUGGUGGAAGAUCCGCCUCACAUUUCUGGGGACCGGAGUUCAAAUCCGGCCUCGCCUGUGUGGAGUUUGCAUGUUCUCCCCGUGCCCCCCCUUUCUCCGGGUACUCCGGUUUCCUCCCACAUCCCAAAAACAUGCAUGGUAGGUUGAUCGAGGACUCUAAAUUCCCCGUCGGUGUGAAUGUGAGUGUUAAUGGUUAUCUGUUUAUAUGUGCCCUGCGAUUGGCUGGCGACCAGUUCAGGGUGUACCCUGCCUCUCACCCAAAGAUAGCUGGGAUAGGCUCCAGCACACCCACGACCCUAGUGAGGAUAAGCCGUAUGGAAAUGGAUGGAUGGGUUACAUACAGUGGAAGUAUAAAGAUGAAAUGCAAGUGGUGGGGGGACAUACUAAGUCCAUCUGGAUAAAACAAAUGUAAAGAUUUUAAGAUUGAAAAUAGAAAGGAAACGCAAUAAACCACAAAAUGAAAGGUUAUCCAUCAGUUUAUGGGCUGAGUAAAUAAACAUUAGAAAAAAAUAAAAUAAUAAUAAUUUCCGUAAUCCAUGUUAUCCCCUUCCAGUUGUUUUCUGUUUUAGUGGACAUGAGGUACAUUUUUCUAGAUGUAACGGAAUGGAUUCAAUUGCCUUUUGUGUGGUCAUGUUGCAAAUGUAAUGACAUACAAUAUAUGAACUUGAAAUAUUUAAAUUUCAAUCCUAAAUACCCAAGUGAGAUUUUGCUAUGUAGCAUCAACAGGUCAGGCUUUCUUAAUUUUUCAUAGCAAACUAAAGUGAAGCUCCAGUCAAGGUUUUUCCCAAUGUCACUGAAGCACUUAAAACAAAGUCUAGCUAAGAACUUGCAAAUAGUAGAACUUCUUUAUGGUUGCAAAUAUAGAGUUCACUUGCCUGAAAACAAAAAACACAUUUGCUCAAAUGUUUAUGUUGCACAAGCUAUUGCAGUACAGUACGAUAUAUUUAAAUGAAAACAGAAUUGUACCUGAUUAAUAACAUAUAAGUAUGCUUUAAGUCACAUUUUUAUUCAAUUACGGUGUAAUUUUACUUUUUUUAUGACCAUGCACUGUUUGACUGCUUCUAUCAAUAUUUCCUUUCAUCUCUAGGUCAUUGUUUUUUUUUCCCGUGUUGCUUUACUAAAAUAUGGUGGUGUUUUAUGGAUAGUGAUAGUCAUUGGUCAUUUAAUUGUGUCAAUAUACAUUACAAUAUUACAUACAGAAAUUGUAUGUUUUCUCAUAUUGUUUGGUUUAUAUAUUUUCACAGUUUUUCACAUUUUUUCACGACCCAGUGAGAAUUGUUUCAAAUGGAUCCUUUUGCAUUGAUGUUAUUGCUCUUGUAACCCAUGUUCUUCGUCCCAUGUUUUUACACUCUAUAAAAUAUGGGAUCAUAAAAAAAUUAAUUAAUAAAACCAAAUGUUUCAAGAAAUUAAAAGUAUUGUUUGCAAUUCAUUCACAAAUACUUACACUAUUAUGUAUAUAAUGUAGAUUAUUCUCUUCUGAAGACCAGGAGCACUUUUAAGUAGUGGGUGAACAGCUGGUAUAACAGUGUAACAUUUACUGCCCCCUCAAAGUAACUCAACACACAGUCAUUCAUGUCUAAACUGCUGGCCCCGAAGUGAAAAUGUCCAAAUUCGACCUAUAGUGUCAAUAUUUUCAGGGGCUUCCAUGCACUGCCUUAAAACUCUUGGGCUUGGAUAUUUGCACGGUAUGAACCUCUCCUUGAUAUCCUCCUAUGCUCUGCUUCUAACUACUUGAUAUUACCUCUCCUUGAUAUUCAGAUAUCUGAUCACCAUUUACAGUGUGUCAGACCAGUUGUAGGCAAGCAGGUUUUUUUUGUGCCUCACAUGGGGCACCAAUAUGUUGUGGUUUGACAAAGAUCGCACCACUCUGAUGAUGUAACGCUUAUUGUGGAGGCACUGACUAUUACCUUUGAGGUGAAUCGUUUAGAAUUAAUCGAGUAUAGUCAGUGAUAACUGAUUACAUAAGAGAAAGAAAAAAAAAAAAAACUAAACAUCAGUUUACUGAACAUCGGGCUGGGAGACACUUCCAUAUUUGGAACACAUUUUUAGGCUUGCCACUUGAGGUCUCUUCAACAAACUGUUGCACACUCCCACACGGGAGUGCAAAUCAUUUCCGAUGAUUAGCCCACCUACCACAAGACAUGAGGAUUGGUGUGUAACAUCCUACCUUGAAUCAGAUCCCUAUUAUUACAAGUUGCAUAAAUAGUCAAACAUCUUUUAGGUCUUGAUUAUUUAUUCAUCUUUUUUUUUCCUCAGCAAGUCAAGUCAUGCAUCACAGAAGGUCUCACCAAAAUUAUCUGAACAGUGAAAAAGUGCUGAUUAGUAUCAUUACUAGUCAAAUGAUUUUAACCACAAAACUUGGAGGUUAAAUUUAACAAGUUUGUCAUUAUAGUUCCUCAUAACAAGGAAAAUAGCAUAUCUUCUGAACAAAGUAGUUCCUGGAACCUUUACAAGCCAUCCUUUUAGAUAGCAUAGCAAAUUCCAUAUUGAGGACUAACGUUAAUACAGUAUUUUUGUAAAUGUACAGUGAGACUUCUAUUGUAUUGUAUAAACAUUCUAGAAUAACAUCACAAUAUCUGGACAAAUACUGUAUGCAACAUUGAUGUU